GCUUCUGCAUCUGUUGUUUUUCGGCUGAAGAAAGGUUUUGUUUUGUUUUUUUACUCAUUUAAAUUAGAAUCGAUGCAAACUCUUCAGACGUUUGUGUAUUUUUUGUUUAAUGUUAUUUAUUAUAAAUAAAGAGCAUCCACACAAAAAUUCUUGGUGAAGCCUGGUGAGAUCCACGUGACACGAUUAUAAGGAUGGCGUUUAUUAAACAGGAGAGUGAAGACAUAAAGAUUGUAGAAGUAUUCAGAGUAAAACAAGAAGAUACUGAGGAACAAAUAGACCUGAUGGCACUGAAAGAAGAGAAUGAAGAACUGAAAGAAAUGGAAGAGAAAAAUCAAUACGAGAGACAUGAGUUCAUGGCUGUAGAAAAAUCCAUACGGACUGAAACAAACUCUGUUCAGAAGACUGAAUCUAACGAAAAACUCACUUGCCGUCAGUGUGGAAAGAGUUUCCCACAAAAAGGAAACCUUAAAGAACACAUGAAAAUUCACACUGGAGAGAAGCCUUUCACCUGCCAACAGUGUGGAAAGAGUUUUGUUAAGAAAGGAAACCUUAAUGAACACAUGAAAAUUCACUCUGGAGAGAAGCCAUUCAAAUGUCAACACUGUGAAAAGUGUUUUGUUAGAAAAGGAAAUCUUAAAGGACACAUGUACAUUCACGCUAAAAAGAAGCCAUUCACGUGUGAUCACUGUGGAAGUGGUUUCAAAUGUAAAGAAAGCCUUAAUAACCACAUGAGGAGAAUACAUUUAAUAAAGGACUGUUUUGUAUGUCGUCAGUGUGGAGAGAGCUUCCGUUGUAAAACAAGCCUCUGCAGCCAUAUUAGAGUUCACGCUGCAGAGAAGUCUUUCAUCUGCAAUCUGUGUGGAGACACCUUCUUACAAGCAGGAAAUCUUAAGUCACACAUGAGAAUUCACACUGGAGAGAAGCAAUUUAAACGAGUUUCAGACAUAAAACAACCCAUGUUUCAGACAUGAGAAGUCACACAGGUGACUUAAAAUUAAAUCCUUAUAUCCCAAGAAAGGUGAAAUUCAUUGGUGUUUAUUUUCUGUUGAUAUUAACAGUUGGUUGAUAUAGCCACAACGUCAGUAAUAUUCUGUACUAACUUGGACAGUUGUGCUAUUUUGUCAUGUCAUCAUUGUUAAGCUAAGCAAAACAAUGUUGUGAUCUGUGUUGUCAAAAGUGCUAAUAGUGUUGGAAGAAAGAUGUAAAGAAGGUCAUGCAUCACUUCAAUAAAUGAUUUGCUUAAAUCUAAACUGAAACUGUUCUCAAGUUCUAUUGCAUAGUGAAGAGGACUCUAUUUUUGUAAUAUUUUAGACAUGAAUGGCAGAUUCAGGACUGAAGACUGUCUUAUAAAAUGAAAUUUUACAAAUAA